ACAAAAUCCUAGUGUUCAAGUCUAAUCUUCCUUUCUGACCUAUGGAAGCAGAAUCUCGUAUUCCUGAAGCAACCAAGAAUUGAAGGGUCAUGUCCUGGGAUCUGGUUUCCUGUGGCCUUCAAAGAGGUACUUUGGAGAGUCUUCAAAUCUUCAGGUUCAUCUACGUCUUCAGCUGGGUGAGUUGGGGUCCCAUAUGACAUACAAGGACCAUGGCUUGGAAUAUUUUCAAUGGCAGUUUCCUUCUAAGGUCCAGAUAGUGUGUGAAUAAGAAUCUGUAACUCUCCUGAUCUCUCUUUUGACCUGGGUUCUUGGCUUCCAUUCUGACAUCUUCCUUCUGAUCUUCAGUAUCUCAGCUUUAACGGUUGCCUAAGGCUCAGGGCUGAUCCUCACCAUGAUCCGAAAGCAUGAUUGUUUAAACAACAUCACUGCUCCCAUAUGGAACUUCCACCUGGUGCUGGCAUUGGGCAUCCCUCAACUUGUCAUCACCUUCAUCUCAGCCGUCUUCAAUUCAGGCGUGGUCCUCGGGGUGGUGUUCUCAAAGGACUUGCACAAACCCAUCUUCAUCCUUUUCUGCAACUUAGCCAUCUCCGAUUUCCUCUGUGGCUCUUCGGGCUUCUGGAUCGCCAUGCUGUUCAUCACAGACCCUCAAAGCACCGUCGUGGGGUCCAAGCAACUGCUCAGAGCUUACGCCUUCUACGCCAUGUCCAUCCUGGCCACCAUUUAUAACUUAGUCAUCAUUGGGAUCGAACGCUACUUGGCUGUAUCCAGAUGCUUAAGGAUGACAUACCGAAUUACCAGGAACCAGAUUUUGAGUACCACGUUGGUUAUUUGGGCGUGUGCCUUCUCCUUGGGUUUCAUGCCUCUGAUGGGGUGGAACUGCUUGGAGAAGGAUAAAAUUUCUGCUCUGUACAGUCCGUUGUGCAUGGACUAUCUCACCUUCAUCACUAUUCCUCACUGUCUAGUGGUGUUAGUUCUACCCCUCUUCACUUAUGCAAACAUCAUCAUCUUUUUGAGGAAACACAAAGGAACUAUGGAAACUCUAGGACAGUGCCAGGCUACCUACCGUCUAGCUGAAGUCCAAGUUGCCAGAACCAGUGUAUUGAUUUGGGUCUUAGCUUUGUUUUCCUAUGCGCCCUUCUUCGUCGGGGUGGUGUUUGAUUCAGCUACUCAGCAGUGUCCCAGUGAGCAUUCUCGAGCCAUCUAUAUCUUCAGAAACCUCACGGCAAUGAUGAUCACCAUUAACUCACUAGGAGACCCCAUCAUAUACUCUCUGAAUAUGAAGAAGCUGGGACACAAGCUUAGGUUUCUGAAACUUCCUUCCAAUAACCGCAUUCAAGUACAAGCCAUUGAACAGACCUGAUUUUGGGUGACUCUCUGGACCUGUGAAUUUCCAUCUCUUGUGACUUAUCAACAACUGGUAUGAUAGAUGGUGCUGUCCUUUACAGGUCUACUCAGAAAUCAGUCCCAUUUAAGUCCAAUGGGACUUACUCCAAAGUAAUAGAAUGGAAAGGGAGUGGGUGGAAGACAUGUAAAACCUUUCAUAA